CAGUACCAGGGCUGUGCACAUCAAACUAUCUUCGCUCUAAAAGUCAUAUAUUCGAUAGCCACCCUCCGAUAAUAUUAUCAGAAACGAAACAGAAAACAGCUAAAAAUUAAACUGGAAAAAUGAGCGACACUGAACAUCUUACUACUGGCUCCACCAAGCCCAUCUUUCCAGACGAUGGUGUGCUGCGCUUGUACUCGAUGCGUUUUUGUCCCUAUGCACACCGCGUGCACCUCGUUCUUGAUGCAAAGAACAUACCGCAUCACAACAUCUAUAUUAAUCUGCAAGCUAAGCCCGACUGGUUUACCAAGAUGAGCAGCACCGCCAAGGUGCCGGCACUGGAAGUCGUCAAGGAAGGCGAGAAUACUGUGCUAAUUGAAUCUCUAGUCAUUUGCGAUUACUUGGAUGAGAUGUAUCCGGAAGUACCGCUCUACCCAACAGACCCGUUGAAGAAGGCCCAGGACAAGAUACUCGUUCAGCGUUUUGGGCAUUUCAUUACAUCCCUUUACAAGAUGUUGCUCGACGACAAGCGCGAACUGGACCUGACCGACUUGAUCACCGACUUGGAAAUUUACGAGAAUGAGCUAAAGCAGCGAGGAAGCAAAUUCUUUGGCGGCUCCAAGCCGGGAAUGCUAGACUACAUGAUUUGGCCUUGGUGCGAGCGCUUUGCUGCUCUGAAACUUGGCGACGGCACUCAAGCUGAGUUGGAUCCACAGCGCUUUUUGACACUACUCCAAUGGCGCGACUUGAUGCUCCAGGAUAAGGCCGUGAAAAUUUUCUAUCUGGAUGGGGAGACUCAUGACAAAUAUAUGAACUCCCGUAAAGCUGGCAGUGCAGAUUACAACAUGCUAUACCAUGCCGCCAAGCGUACAAGACGGGAGUAACACUUCAUAAAAUUUAGUUGUUUUUUUUUCUUUUAACUUCGCUGGCUCGAUCAUUCAGAUAUUUAAAAUAUUGUGGAAAAUCAAAUUAAAAUAUUAAAACUCAA